UGUAGUUCUAACUGCACUGCUGUAUCGUUUUCUUGUAGAAGUAUUUUCCUAAAUUAUGUGUCUUUUUCUACACAGAUGGUGGUUAGCAUUAAAACGAAGCGUGAGUGCACAGCUGCUGCACCUCCUUGUGAAGGAACAGGGCACUGUCACAAGGAGACUGUGUGGGACAAAGACAAAGCAGAGAGAAAAAGGAAAGCUGAACUGUGCUGGAAAAAGACCAUGACUCAAACAUUACAGAGCCAGAGUCAUUUUAUCAAUAAGUACAUAGAUCUGCUCACGCAGGAUUCAGAGGAUCUGGACGCCUCAGCCUCUACAUCAGCAGAGCAUAGCCCCAGUUCAUGUGACGGUGCUCUGGUGUGUGUGGGACCUCGUCGUUGGUGUGCCAGAGGAGGAGAGAGGAGGCAGAUGGAGAUGUGUGUCCUGUGUCACGAAGCGCAGGAGAUCCUACCUGAUGGCACCACCAUGGUGCUCGCUGCCUUUGUCCAACGCUCUACGGUCAUGUCCAAGAACCGCAAAAGACCCCCUCACAAUCCAGGUCUUUGAAUAUCAAUGAUGCAAACAGGGAGGAGAAAUAUAACAGGUAUUUACAUACCAGUCAGUAUGUGUGUGUGUGUGUGUGUGUGUGUGUGUGUGUGUGUGUGUGUGUGUGUGUGU